GGACGCAAACACGUAUCGGAGCAACGAGACUGCACUCUUAACCUCUGUGUUGUUGUUAUUGUUGUUUUUUUUAUAAUAUGUUCUUUAUCUCUGGUUGUAGUCUUCACCCCUGUAGUUUGUGUGUCUGUUCAACAUAAGGAAAAACCUCAUUAAAGCACUGAUUUCUGUUUUACUUCUGAUCUCUGUGGAAUAUCCUCAAGCAUGAAGUCUGAUAUUGCAUAUGAAAAGGUGGCUGAUGUGGAAUCAAGUAAAGGAGAGAGUCUUAUGAAACCUCAAAAGUAUUCCAGGUGGAUUCUGAUCAUCACCUGUCUCAUUGGUGUGCUGCUCUUGAUGUUUAGCUUCCAAACACUCCUUAUUCCGUCAAUCUCAACAUCUGACCUUAAGUGCAAUCCUCCCAUGACCCACUCCUGCACUGACAACUGCAAACUGGUUCUGGUGGAGAGCAUCCCAGUGGGAAUGGAAUUCAACUCAUCUGUUGGCCAUCCAUCCAUCUAUCAAAAAUGGCGAAGUCUCUUAUCAGAGGCAAAGAGCAGUCUGGACAUUGCCUCGUUUUAUUGGACCCUCACUAACGAGGAUACGAGCACACACGAGCCCACGGCUAAUCAGGGUGAGGAGAUCUUGCGGGAACUUGUUGAUCUUUCUGGCAAAAUCUCUGUACGCAUCGCUGUAAAUUUCCACAACAAACAGCAACCGAGUGACAUCCAGCAGCUCAUUACUGCUGGUGCUGACGUGAGAUAUGUAAACAUGCAAUAUUUAACAUCUGGUGUGCUGCACACUAAAUUCUGGGUGGUCGAUAAGAAGCACAUUUACAUCGGUAGUGCCAACAUGGACUGGAGAUCCUUAACUCAGGUGAAGGAGCUCGGUACUGUGGUUUAUGACUGCAAGUGCCUCGCUGAAGACCUCGGGAAAAUAUUCGAAGCCUAUUGGUUCCUUGGCAGGAGCGAGACAGUACCUGCUCCCUGGCCCAGUCAAUUUUCUACAGCCUUUAACAAAGACACACCAAUGCAACUGCCAAUCAAUGGGACAGACUCUAAAGUUUACCUGUCGAGUUCUCCUCCAUCCUUGUGUGCUGAGGGCAGAACUUCCGAUCUUCAGGCCAUUUUAAGUGUCAUUAGUGACGCACAGCAGUUUGUUUACAUUGCUGUGAUGAACUAUCUGCCCACUAUGGAGUUCUCACACAAAAGAUACUGGGCUGAUAUAGACACUGAGCUGAGGCGUGCAGCCUUCGAGAGAAAGGUUCAUGUGCGUUUGCUGAUCAGUUGCUGGGAAAGCACCCCUGAAGUCAUGUUCCCAUUUUUACGCUCGCUAGCUUCGGUACAGGAUUCAAAGAGUAGUCUGGACAUUCAGGUGAAAAUCUUCAUUGUUCCCAGCAGUCCAAGUCAAAAGAAAAUCCCCUUUGCUCGAGUGAACCAUAACAAGUACAUGGUGACAGACAGAACUGCCUAUAUAGGAACUUCAAACUGGUCCGGUGAUUACUUUGUGAACACAGCGGGCUCAGCGUUGGUGGUGAAUCAGACCUCAUCCUCAGAAUCCUCAGAAUCCACAGUGAGAGAACAGCUGCAGGCUGUGUUUGAAAGAGAUUGGGCUUCUUCCUACAGCACUCCGCUUAACCAUGACACCAACCUGAAACAGAUAUGCGUUACAUAACACAGAACUUGCGGGGGGGCACCUUGUGAUCCAAUGUUGUUUUAAAUGCAGCUUUCUCAACUUUACCGAACACCCAGGCCAUAUAAUGGAAGCAGUAUGAGUGAACACACUCAACCUCUGCAUCUAGGACAGGUGAUGAUUUUAAGGUGAUGUGUAAAAUAAGAAGUCACAACUUGUUGCCUCUUGGUUUACAUUUAUGUCAGUAAUAUUGACUUCAUUCUCAAGGCAGCAUUUUUUUCUAAUCAACUUCACCUAAUAUUAUUGAGUAACUGAAUAUACAGUAAGGACAAUAGGAUAAAUGUAGGAAAGUAAAUGAGGAGAAGUGUUAAAAAAAACAAGAUUGGAAGACAUGGUGUUUAUUUCAGUGCACAGCCAUCUGUUUUAUCCUUUUCACUACACAAACCUUAACAGAUAAUGCACAUUCCUGAGGGAACUUCAAUAAGGAAUCUUUACAACUUCACUUCUAAAAAGGAUAAUUUUAUUUGCAUUACUCAGUUAUUACAGUUAGCAUUAUAGUCCACUUGCACUUCAGCACUUAGUAAAGGUUAAACCAAGAAUAAAAGGUACACAGCAUCCCUAUACUCCAAAUGUUUUUAUGGUGUCCAGGUAGGAGGUGUGGAUUUCUGAUUUCCCAAAGAAUGUAACAGUGUUUUGAGUGAAUAAAUUUGCUACAUUUG